AUGACGGCUAUUCCCGGACGGAGCGUAGCCAGGGUGUAUGCGGGUGCCAACGAAAAGUUUGGCAGGCAGUGGUGGGAUUACGGUGAGUUGCUUUGCUUUGCUUUGCUUCGCUCGGCUGGCUCAACCUUUGGGUGAGCGCAUUUCUGUGCUGUGUGACACAAUGCACAUCCUCGUGCCGGAAGAUUGGGGCAGACAUUCAGCGCUCGCGAUCGAGAACAGCAUCGCACACAUCACUUUGGGCAGCACGUGAGACUUGUGGCACAAGUAAUACAGCCAUCAUCAAGCGCACACCUUCUCGCGAAGAGGUUCUUGCCCAUCUAAUCCCCAAGAGUGGCAUGCAUGACUUCCUGAACAAGCUUUGAUGAUGCUUUGCAGCUCUCAGCCAAGCCUCGCCUCGCCUUGCCAAUGCCCGAACGUUUCUGAUUUUGCGCGCCAUUCCCGCUUCCUUUCGUUUUAGACAAUCUCGUGGUGCAAUGGUGCGUGAAACAUGCGCUUGCGUGCUUGUAUCCGAGUUCCAUCGCCAUGACUGACACAAUGCGCCUUGUCCCAUCACGCAUCGCAGGGGCACUCAAGAUAAUUACGAAAUUCUUCGCAAAGUAGGGCGAGGCAAAUACAGCGAAGUGUUUGAAGGUGUAAAUGUAGCAGGCACCGCGGUCGGCGGAGGGUCAGGGGCUGGUGCUUCUCCCGGUCACGGAUUGGGAGCUACGGGUGGACCGGAAAAAUGCAUCAUCAAGGUGUUGAAACCUGUAAAGAAGAAAAAGAUCAAGAGAGAAAUCAAAAUUUUGCAAAAUUUGGCCGGUGGUCCUAAUGUUGUCGGCUUGUUGGACGUUGUUAGGGACCCGCAGGUGAGUACUUCCGGUCAGGACACGCGCAAACGGGGAGGUUGAGACGCAUGCUGCCAACGUCGAUGGAGGUCAAGAGAGCCGCCGAUCCCGGGGGAUUGCAAAGCUCGCGUUCACUCGCGUGCUGACCAGCGACUGCUCGCGACUCUACACUCGCAGUCGAAAACUCCCUCGAUGGUCAUGGAAUACGUCAACAACACCGAUUUCAAGACGCUCUAUCCCAAAUUCACAGACUUUGACGUUCGCUUUUACAUCUACGAGCUGCUCAAGGUGCGUGCAGGCAGCGCGAGUCGAAGGCGCUCCGCAGCGCCAAAAUUUGGCACUGACAGAUUGGUUGUUGAUUUCACUCAGGCGCUCGACUUUGCUCAUUCGCGAGGCAUCAUGCAUAGAGACGUAAAGCCGCACAAUGUUAUGAUUGACCACGAGAAGCGCAAGGUGAGUUGCAGAGGGCGCCGAGCGAAGCAGCAGCAAAGGAGCCACCAGGUUUAGCAUGGAUGGUGCUCUGACAGCUGCUGAUACCGAUUUCCUCCUUUCAUAUUGCCGCUGUUUUCAGUUGCGGCUCAUCGACUGGGGAUUGGCGGAAUUCUACCACCCGUACACAGAGUACAAUGUUCGUGUCGCAUCGAGGUACUUCAAGGGACCAGAAUUGCUGGUGGACUUCCAAGAGUACGACUACUCACUAGACAUGUGGAGUCUGGGCUGCAUGUUUGCGAGCAUGGUGAGUACGCACGCGCGGUGUGGGCAGAGUCUUCAGCAAAGACGUUCUGCUCACCCUUCGCCUACGCCUGGCCACCUCCGUCGUUCUGCAGAUCUUCCGCAAAGAGCCUUUCUUCCACGGGCAUGAUAAUUAUGAUCAGCUGGUCAAGAUCUGCAAGGUGCUCGGCACGGACGAGUUGUACACUUAUCUCGAAAAGUACGAUAUCGAGCUGGAUCCCCAAUACGACGAGAUUCUUGGCCGGUGCGUAUCAGCCUUUGCGCUAGCUCGUACCUCCUGCACGACACGACAUUGUGCUUAUCAGUCCCUCACAUCCUUGCGUCGAAUAGCUACACACGCAAGCCUUGGUCAAGGUUCAUCACAUCCGAAAAUCAGCGAUACGUAUCCAACGAGGCCAUCAACUUUUUGGACAGUCUCUUGAAGUACGAUCAUGCCGAAAGAUUGACUGCUCAAGAAGCCAUGAAUCAUGCUUAUUUCGGUGAGUGUGCACGAGCAGGCGUAUUCUGUAGCAGCGCGACUACCCUCGUCGUUUCCGAUGCGAGCUGGUUACUGACACUUCUUCGCGCAUCUCGCACCAUGCGCAGAACCUGUGAAGGCGGCCGCAUCUAGAGGAGAGGUACCCAGCUGA